UAUAAGAGUUUGUUUUUUCACAUUUUUCAGCAUAUAUACAUGACGUCGUCUAUGUUUAGAUCUCCUGGCAAAAUUCCGACGAUGAAAGGGUUUGAACAUAAGAGCUACUUGGGCCUGAAAGCAGCAUCGUCUAACGUGAGAAUCAAUCCUUUCCGACGAACAGAAGUUUCUUGUCAACUGCAAAGGAUCGACUCCUCCUCCAUGACAUGGCCGGUAAUUGCCCACGAGGAGGUUCUGGUAAAGAGUAAACCAGCGGAGCCUGAGAUUCAUCAGCAUCUUCACCUAAGCCGACGCGCACGUCGUAACCGCAAGUCCCCUACUCAGAGAGCUGCCUUUCAAGAAACUAAUAUCUCUCCUGAUAAUUUCAUAUACCCGGUCUUCAUUCAUCAAGGUGAGGUAGACAUUCCGAUAAAAACAAUGCCCGGACGUUACAUGCUUGGCUGGAGACACGGCCUCAUGGAAGAAGUUGCAAGGGCAAGAGAUGUUGGUGUGAAUAGCAUAAUGUUGUAUCCUAAAGUUCCUGAUACGUUAAAGUCUCCAACAGGAGAAGAGGCUUUCAACGACAAUGGUCUGGUGCAACAAACAGUUCGUCUUCUCAAAGAUAGAUUCCCUGAUCUCGUUAUUUACACUGAUGUCAAUUUUGACGAGUACUCUUCUAGUGGCCAUGGUGGGAUCAUAAGAGAAGAUGGUGUGAUAAUGAACGAUGAAACAAUUCACCAACUGCGCAAACAAGCAGUUUCUCAGGCUCGAGCUGGAGCAGAUGUUGUUUGUACCAGUGAGAUGUUAGAUGGUCGUGUUGGUGCGGUUCGUGCAGCUCUGGAUGCUAAGGGGUUUCACCAUGUUUCCAUCAUGUCUUACUCUGUCAAGUAUACUAGUUCAUUGUAUGGCCGUUUCCGCAAAGUGCAAUUGGACAAGAAAACUUAUCAGCUAAACCCAGCAAAUUCAAGAGAGGCAUUGUUAGAAGCACGAGAAGACGAAGCUGAAGGAGCAGACAUCCUAAUGGUGAAGCCAGCGCUUCCUUCUCUCGAUAUCAUACGUUUGUUGAAGGAUCAAACUCUGUUACCCAUUGGAGCUUGCCAGGUUUCUGGUGAGUACUCAAUGAUAAAAGCCGCAGGACUUCUAAAGAUGAUAGAUGAGGAAAAAGUUAUGAUGGAAUCAUUGAUCUGCUUACGCCGAGCUGGUGCCGAUCUCAUUCUUACUUACUUUGCCCUUCAAGCUGCUACAAUACUAUGCGGCGAAAAUAAAAGAAAUUAUUUCAACUAGUCUUCCAUUAUUUGCGUUUUUUCCACUACCAGAAUUAUACAGCUUGAAAAACUUUUGUUAGAAUAAAAAUGUACUUGUUACACAUAUACGCAAACUCAGAA